CUGACAACAUGUCAAUGGCCACAAUACAAUUGCAAACGCUGGAGUUGGAGGAGCUGGAGACGCCACCGCUGCCCAUACAACCGCCGCCAAACAUAAAUGCCAGCGGCACAGUCUAUGGCUUUCGCACACGCCUUUUGUCCUGCAUAGAGGAGAACGAUACGGACUCAGUGUAUGGCAGCUCCAUGCCGCGCGCCUAUGAGCUCAUGCAGCAGGCAGAUGAAACUUUUCAAAAGCUCAACGUUGAGGAGGAGCAGCAGGAUGAGCUUUCAGAUGAAGAGCUGGAAGCUGAUAACAUUGCCAUGAUCGAUGAGUCGCGUCUCUAUGAAGUAGACUAUCUGGAUGAGCUUGUGGCAGAGGAGCAGCAGUCGACCACAGAGCUUGUUGACUCGGGCAAUGUGGAGGAGGAGGACUGCUGGCAGCCCAGCUUUAAUCGCAAUGACAUUAUGAAUACUUCUUGUUAUGGCACACUGAACAAUUCGUUUGGCAGCGAGGCACUGACGCCCAAAAAGGCGCCGGAGCCCAUCUAUGCUACGCCCGAGAAACGGCGCGAGAGCAACCGCAGCUUUGAUUCCACCUGCACGGCCUCGCAGUCUAGUUCCAUUUAUGGCGGUUCUAUGAACUCUUCGCUGGAUCACAUGAUGAGCGUGUCCGCCAGUGCGGCCACCAGCACGCUGCGUGGCAACUCAGUGCCACCCAUGGAUCUCUCGCUCGUGUCCGCCGAUGCGAUUAGUGCGCUCUACUGGUCACCGGACAGUGUUACUUGUGUGCUCGACAAUGGCGAUGCCAAUGCCGCCGAGGAGCUGAACGAGGAAAUGGCAGCCAAGUGCUUAAGUGCAGCGGAGAGCGAUCUACAAUCGAUACGACGUCUGUUGGAACACGAUGCCAGCGGCGGCACUGUCUGCCCCUCGUGCCGCAUUUCCUUUGACAAGGGCAAGCGACGGAAACUGAUCGACACCUGUGGACACGAGCGCUGCUAUUCCUGCAUGUUUCGCAACGAUCAAUGCCCCAUGUGCAUGAACAGCUCGCUGAAAGAUGUUGAUGGCGCCAAUGCUCAGGGCUAUGACACUGGCAUCGGCGGCUCCACUUCGACAAUUGUCAGCCCGCUGGGCUCGCCGCAGCCGCAGCUGAGAUCCCAUGCUCAACGUAACGCCGCUCUGGCGCGCUAUAUGCAGCAGCAUCGCCAGGAGUCGCCGGAAUAUCAACGCUAUGCAAGCAUUGGCAAGUUGCCGCGUGCGGCAAGCGGCACCAGCAGCAGCAACAACAACAACAAUGGCAACAGCACUGGCUAUGCUGGCAAUACACACACCGUAACUGUGGAUAUACAUCAUAACGGCGCCGCCAAGCAGCAGUUGCAACAACAGCAACAACAACAACAACAGCAGCAACAAACUGCAAUCAACAACAAUUUACACUUGCCAUAUGUCGACUUGAACAAUGCGCCCGCCUUUGCCACGCCUCCGACACGCAGACGUUUCUUCAAUCACAAGAAUCUGCGCAGCGCCCUCACUGGACAUCGACGCACUGCCUCUAAUGGCGGCUAUCCACUGGACACCUCGUCCACGCUGUCAGGCUAUCAUACACCAAAUCACCAUCAUCAUCAUCAAGUUAACAGCAAGGAGGCAAACGCUUUGAACACCUCCACCUGCUCGGACUCAGCGGUAACGCGUCGUCGUCGCAAGCAUAUGAGCAACAACAAUCUGAAAACAUCCACGGAGCAUGGCGCCAAUAGCGAGAAUCGCUUGAAUCGUUUGAGCCUGGCAGGCACUUCUGUCUACGCGGGUCAUUUAUCCUCUUUGGUAUUUGGCAAAAUUAAAUCGCUGUGGAGCGUUAACUCCUCCAACUCCAGCGAGGCGGGACUUAAUCAACUAGCAGGCAGCGAUGUUUUGUGUCUGGAGCAGCAGCAGCAAAAGGAUCAGCUGCGCACGCGUCUGGGCUUGCUGCUCAAUGACAACAACAAUAGUUGCAGCAGCAGCAGCGAUCACAAUGGCAACUCCACCACAUUGUCGAGCAGCACCAAUGCUGGCACUAACGACAGCAGCAGCAGUAGUCCGGAGCAGACGCUGGCCAGCGGCUCCGCAGUGGGUCUCAGUGGCAGUCAACUGUCGGUGGCGACCACCAGCAAGGAUGACACGCUUAGUCUAAGCAGCAAAUUCAAAAUGAAUUGCGCUCUGCAGCAGCCAGAACAUGCUUAUGAAGCAGUCCCAGCAUUGAAGACACGCAAAAAUGUUGCACGUCGCAGCAAACAGCAAUUGCCCAGCAAUGGCGCAGCAGUAACUAGUGGAGCUGCCAGUCAGGCUGUAGCCGGAGGCCCCGCAGUCAAUCCCAAGCGUGCGGCGGCAGCAGCAGCUCUGGCUGCAGUGCAGCUGGCCUUAAAGCCGUUGUUCUUUGAGGUGCCGCUGCAGGAGCCAGAUCCGCCAUAUGCGGGUCGCCAGUGGCUGGUGCAGGAGCUAUCCAACAUCUUGUUGGGCACCGAUACGCGCGUGGUGCUGAUCAACGGCCAACCAGGCACAGGCAAGACAGCCUUCUGUUUGCAACUAGUGGAGUACUCUUGCUUUGGUCGCCGCCAAAUGCAGGCACAUUUGCAAGAGGAUGCAGAUGCCAUUUACAGCCAGCUGACGGCGCAGAACGAACGCCUGCGUGGCUUGGCUUCGCACAUGGUGGGCUAUCAUUUUUGCCAGGCAGAUGCGAAUCUCACCUGCCAGGUACCGGACUUUGUGCACUCGCUGGCCGCUCAACUCUGCCAAGCGCCGCAGCUAACAGCGUAUAGAGAUUACUUGCUCUCGGAGCCACAUCUGCAGGAUAUACUGAGCGUGCGUGAGUGCAUUGCCGAUGCGCAGCGUGUCAUGCGCUUGGCCAUACUGGAGCCACUUGCUCAACUACAGCGUGCGGGCAAAAUACACGCCAAGCUUGGUAUUAUCUUAGUGGAUGCACUCUGUGAAGCAGAGUAUCAUCGUCCGGAUCACGGACACACCAUAGCAAGCUUUCUAGCUCAACUGACGCCACAUUUUCCUGCCUGGCUUAAGCUCGUGGCCACGGUGCGCACCCAGAUGCUGGAGCUAGUGAAGGCGCCGAGCUAUACGCAGCUCACACUGGACAGCUGGGCCAGCAGCCAAGCGCUGCAGCAGGAUAUGCUAGACUAUAUCAACACACGCAUACAACAUAGCAUGGAAAUCCAACAUAAUAUCGGCGGACAGCAGGGCGGACACAGCUCGCAGGCCAAGUUUGUUUCACAUCUGCAGUCGCUGAGCCGCGGCUCCAUGCUGUACGCCAAGCUUAUACUGGACCUAAUAGCACGUGGUCAGCUGGUGGUCAAGUCGACUAGCUACAAGGUGCUGCCCGUGUCUCUGGCGCAAAUCUUUCUGCUGCACUUCAAUCUGCGCUUUCCCACCGCACGCAGCUUUGAGCAAACGCAACCCAUACUCAAUGUCUGCCUGGCUGCGCUGUAUCCCCUGACGCUGGACGAGAUUUACUACAGCAUAGAGGCACUGCAGCAGGGCCAGGAGCCGAUCAGCUGGCCGCAGUUCAUCCAACGUUUCAAGCUGCUGGACGGCUUCCUGAUCAAGCGCUUGGACAACACCUACAUGUUCUUUCACAGCGCCUUGCGUGAAUGGCUAAUGCGACGCGACGAGGGCGAAUCCCAAAAGUUUCUCUGUGAUGCGCGCUUGGGUCAUGCGGGCAUAGCAUUUAGGCUGUCGCGCCUGCAGGCGCCGCUGCAGCCGCAGCUAACACUGGAGCUGGGUCACCAUAUGCUCAAGGCGCAUCUUUAUAGCAACAGCCAGGCGGCGUUGUCAGCACGCGAUCUGCAGGCCUAUUGGCUGGCCGGCGUAGCGGAUAACAUCUCUGGCGCCUUGGGCGCUCUGCGCAAUGUGUACAGUCCCAAUGUGAAGGUAUCGCGUUUGGUACUGCUGGCUGGCGCCUCGCCGGAUCAUCGCACGGAUUAUAUGGGCGAUGCGCCCAUACUUUGCAUUGCUGCUCACGAGGGCAUUCUGCCUAUGGUCAGUCUGCUGCUGGAGUUUGGCGCCGAUGUGGGUUUGACCAACAGUCAAGGCUGCACGCCGCUCAUACUGGCAGCCAUGCGAGGACACUGCGAUGUGGUGCGUCGCCUGGUAGCCGCCGGCAGCAGCUUGGGUCAACAGGAUACCACACAACGUUGCGCUUUGGUGCAUGCCGCACGCAUGGGCUACGAACUGGUGGUGCAGUAUCUAUUGGCUUGCGAUUGGUCGCCACGUGCGCGCUCCCAAGAUGUCAGCCGCGCGCUUGCGCUGCAGCAAGCGCUCAUAGGCGCCGCUGCGCAGUCGCAUGUUAAGAUCCUGGAGGAUCUGCUGGAUCUCAAUGAGCAGGAGCUGCAGGAGCAGAGCGUUAAUGUGAAUGGCCUGGAGCCCAGCAGCGGCGAGUUGGCCUUAACAGCCGCUGCGCGUCAUGGCUGCGUGGAUGUAAUCAAUAUACUCUUGUCGCGUGGCGCGCAACUGGAAGCUCGCAAUCGACAGGGCUAUACGGCUCUGUGGCUGGCUGUGAAGGAGGGACAUUGGAGCGUGGUGGAGCAGCUGCUGCAGCGUGGUGCAUUGCUGGAUGAGCCGCUGGGGCAGACACGCAAAACGCCUUUGAUGAUUGCCGCCGAAGAGGGACAUCUGGAGCUUUUGGAGCUGCUGCUGGCACGCGGCGCCGCCAAGGAGGCGCAGGAUCACGAAGGUUUCACUGCGCUCAGCUGGGCAUGUCUGCGUGGUCAUUUGGCGGCAGCCAAAUGUCUCUUGGAGCACGGCUGCAAUCGUCAGCAUGAGGAUCACAAUGGACGCACUGCUCUGGACUUGGCUGCGUACCAGGGUGCAGCCAGUCUUGUGCUUUAUCUGCUGGAGCAGGGCGCCAAUCUCGAACAUAUUGAUGUGCAUGGCAUGCGUCCAUUGGACCGUGCAAUUGCCUGUCGCAAUAUACAAGCGGUGCAGGUGUUUUUGCGCAAGGGCGCCAAACUCGGACCCACUACCUGGAGCAUGGCUAUGGGCAAGCCGGAAAUUUUGGUGGUGCUGCUCAACAAGCUACUCGAGGAUGGCAAUGUGCUGUAUCGCAAGAAUCGCUUUCAGGAUGCUGCUCAUCGCUACCAGUAUGCGUUGCGAAAGAUCUCGGGACUGGAACAGUUGCUCGAACGUAAUGCGGUCUUUGCCCAGCUGCGCACCAAUCUGCUGCUGAAUCUAUCGCGUUGCAAGCGUAAAUUGAAUGAACUUGAUGCCUCCAUAGAUUUGGCCACGCAAGCCAUACUGCAAAAGCCGCACAGCUACGAGGGAUACUAUGCCCGUGCCAAGGCGCGCAUGGAGCUGGGCGCGCUCAACGAAGCUCUUGUCGAUGCCAACGAAGCCAUGCAACAGGCAGCGCAAAGCGGUGUGCUCUGCGAGGUUGUCGAGGUGCUCAAACGCAUUCAGGCCGAGCUGCUUACACGUAUUACAAGCGAGGAUCAGGCGUCAACGUCUGGUAAAGUGAUGGCCAACUCUGCCGCUUGCGCUGUUUACGAAUCUCAGCAAGAGAUGACCGAUUUGUAAAUUGCACGUAUUGUUCUUGUUGCUGCAGACAAAUUACUUAGCUUAUUAAGUUUUAACUUUAUUUAAAAUUAUGAAAUCUAGGCCUUAACUGUUUUCUAUUUAUUUCC